UAACAAUUCAACAAACAUGUCAUUGAAAUGGAGAGAGAAAGAUUCAGUGGAAAUUUAUUGAAUCAGAAUAAAGGUUUUGGUCGUAUUGAACCAGGUCUAAGUUCAGCGCCAUAUUUGUGUUUUCUGAUCGUAUCAAAGAUUCUUCAUGUCUACGGCUUCUUUCUCUCACACGAUUUGCUAAAAAGUGUACAUAUUGUGCAGUAUUUGUUCAUUGUCCGUGCUUGUUCAUCUCUUGUGUUUGUUCUUUUACAAAAACCAUUGUCAUCUGGGAAACGACUGACAACCUCACAGUGGUACCAAGUAGCCAGACAUGCAUUCUUCUCCACAUUAUUAUCAUUAUUACUUCUGGAUGGAUUAACUCUUUGUGGUCCAGUCAGGACUGUCCUAUUAUCAGAGCACAGCGAUGUUGUUGUCUUUGGUGUUUUGGCUGUUCUGUUCAAGACCGGUCAUCCGGGACCAACCAAGACACGGGGAGCAUUGCUGUUUCUUUUUGCCAUGAUUUCCCUACUCCUGUUUGAUAAUGAUGAAAUGACGUCUGAAGAUGUUCAUCCUGAAGGAGUGCAUCGUAGUCACCUCGUUCAUUAUCUUUACCAAUGGAAAACACUCUCAUUGCCAGGGUUUCCACAACUGUCAGAUCAUAAGGGAGGCUUGCUGCUUCUGACUGUUGUUUUGCUUUUCAAUGUUGGCAACAAAAGCUAUGGAAGAAAAGUUGCUGUUGAGAUUGGAGGAUCUAAAAGAUUCAAUGCUUUGACAAACUUCCUCUCUGUCUUGUUUCUCCUUCCACCUGCUAUUUUAAUUUUCAUUUUCAAAGAAGCAGAUGUUCCUUGGAUGGACAAACUUCUCUCAUUUCUCCUAAUUUCCUUCGCUAUUGCUUUCGACUUUUAUGUGGAAGCCAUAUGUAUGGCAAAACUUGACUCAAACAAAACAUCCAAAUGGGGAUCAAUCGUGUCCUUUCUUGCAGCUUUUGGCUUGGGUUUGCUGUGGAAUGAUCAUCAUAUUGCAACUUAUAUAUUCCCGUUUAGCAAAGAUGCGUUUGACGAGCAUGGCAUGUCUGGAAGUGUCGUUCUUGCAGUCCUGUUUUUAGCUAUCGCGACGCAUCUUUUAUCUCGACCUUCUCCAGUACAACAAGGGGUGAAUAAAGGAAUUCUGAUUGGCUACACGACCAGUGGAACUCCUUUGUAUAGUUUCACUUCACCUCAGUCCGUUAUUGCAACAGCGAGGGUAUUUUUAAAACAAGUUUUGGCAAAAACUGAAUCAAGACAGAUCUUUUAUUUUCUUUGCCUGAAUUUGACAUUCACAUUUGUUGAACUGUUCUAUGGGGCUUGGAAUAACAGUCUUGGUUUAAUAUCAGAUGGUUUUCACAUGUUAUUUGAUUGUUCGGCGCUCGUCUUGGGUCUGUGUGCAUCUUUGAUGAGCAGUUGGAAGCCAACCAAACUGUUUUCGUACGGUUAUGGACGCGUGGAGUAUCUUUCUGGGUUCGUCAAUGGCUUAUUUUUGACCGUUAUUUCAGUAUUUGUCUUCCUAGAAGCACUGGAAAGAUUGUUUGAUCCGCCUGAAGUGACUACGAAUAGAUUAUUGAUUGUAUCAGUAUGUGGUUUAGUGGUGAACUUGGCUGGUAUUUUCGCCUUCAGUCAUGCGCAUUCCCACGGCGUGGGGUCACAUGGUGGUGAAUCAAGUUGUCAGUCGCAUGGUCAUGGUGCUGGUCACCAUGGUCACAGUCAUGGUAGUCAUAGCAACCACAGUGAGCAUGGUCAUAGUCAUAAGCAUGGUCAUAAUCAUGGUCACAGUCAUAAGGGACAUGGUCAUGCUGGUUGCUCUGAUGGUCACGGCUCUCACAAGACCAGUGCUAACAUGCAAGGGGUAUUCCUCCACGUUAUUGCAGACACUCUGGGGAGUGUAGGAGUGAUUAUAUCCAGUCUACUCAUUGAACAGUUUGGUUUCCAAAGAGCUGACCCUGUCUGUUCGUUAUUUAUCGCUGUCUUAAUAUUCGCUAGCGUAGUUCCGUUGUUGAAAGAAUCUGCAUUAGUUCUUGCUCUGAGAACGCCGAGAGAUAUUCAAUCUGAGAUUGGAGAAGCUUUGAAGAAGGUUUUGACGAUAAAAGGAGUUUCGAAUUACCGAAAUCAACAUUUUUGGACGCAUUCUGACAACCUGAAAGCAGGUAGUAUUCAAGUUCACGUCGUCCCGACCGCCAUUGAGGCGACUAUAAUAUCGCAGGUGACGAAUAUUUUUAAAGAAAUUGGCAUAAAUAAUUUGACGAUUCAAGUGGAGAAAGAUGUAUUUUUUGAGCACAUGUCUGUUCUAUCAGCAGGAUAUAAGUCUGUUUUACAAUUGACGCAAAAGUUCAAUAUGACCCCAAUGAAUACAGAUUUAGAAAGGAACUUUAUAAAAUCAAUAUAGUCUAGGAAAUAUUAGAAUAUAGAGCACAUCAAUGACGCAGAUAUGUUACAUGAAGUUUGAUUGGUUCGUUAGUUUUGCGGAGCCAAUCAAACUUCGUGUUACAUCAGGCUUCCCGCGUUUGACGUCACAGAAAGAAGAAUACAAUCUAGCAAAGGUUACUGAGCCACAAAGUGACGGUUGUGGACUCAACCAUUAUAUGCAAUAGUUCUCGAUUACUACUUGCGCCCUAUCGUCAAGAGAUAAGCUAGUUUAUAAAUAUUUAAGCCAUUUAUGAAAUUCUGAUAAGAGUUAGGAACUUUUAUUAAAUACUUUAUUAUAUAAA